AUGGCAUCAAAGAGAAGACUAUCUGAAGAAGGACACGUUUGCCCGGACCCUGUCAAAACAUCUGUUCCAGAACAAGCAGCCGAAGUUGCUGAAGAAUUGACUAAAAUUCAUCCAAUUCGUGAAGAAUCUCCAUUGGUUCAUCAUGAUGCAGGUGAAUUUAACGGUUUGGUUCGUCACAAAACUACUGCUGAACAAGCUGAAAAAUUAGAAGAUAAUACAGUGAAUCCAUUCACAGGUAAAAAUUUUAGUUCUAAAUAUUUUGAGAUUCUAAAAGUUAGACGUGAUUUACCUGUUCACGCUCAACGUGCUGAGUUUUUAAGAAUAUACCAAGAGAAUCAGAUCAUGGUCUUUGUCGGUGAAACUGGUUCUGGUAAGACUACUCAGAUUCCACAAUUUGUAUUAUUUGAUGAGAUGCCUCAUUUGGAAAACACACAAGUGGCAUGUACCCAACCUCGUAGGGUCGCCGCUAUGAGUGUUGCUCAAAGAGUUGCUGAAGAAAUGGAUGUUAAAUUAGGUGAAGAAGUCGGUUAUUCUAUUAGAUUUGAAAAUAAAACAUCUAACAAGACUAUACUGAAAUACAUGACAGAUGGUAUGUUACUAAGAGAAGCCAUGGAAGAUCAUGAUUUAUCUCGUUAUUCAUGUAUUGUUCUGGAUGAAGCGCAUGAACGUACUUUAGCUACUGAUAUUUUAAUGGGUCUAUUGAAACAAGUUGUUGUUAGAAGACCAGAUUUGAAAUUGAUUAUCAUGUCUGCUACUUUGGAUGCCGAGAAAUUCCAACGCUACUUCUGUGAUGCACCAUUAUUAGCAGUACCAGGUAGAACAUUCCCAGUUGAAUUGUACUACACUCCAGAAUUCCAAAGAGAUUAUUUAGAUUCUGCUAUUAGAACCGUUUUACAAAUCCAUGCUACAGAAGACGCAGGUGAUAUUCUAUUGUUUUUGACCGGUGAGGAUGAAAUUGAAGAAGCUGUAAGAAAGAUUUCUUUGGAGGCAGAUCAAUUAGUUAGAGAAGAAGGUUGUGGUCCAAUGUCUGUAUACCCAUUAUAUGGUUCCUUACCUCCACAUCAACAACAACGUAUCUUUGAACCUGCUCCUGAAUCCCAUAAUGGUAGACCAGGUAGAAAAGUUGUCAUUUCAACUAAUAUUGCUGAAACUUCCUUGACCAUUGACGGUAUUGUAUAUGUUGUGGAUCCAGGUUUCUCAAAACAAAAAGUUUAUAACCCAAGAAUUAGAGUGGAAUCCUUAUUGGUAUCCCCAAUUUCCAAAGCAUCUGCUCAACAAAGAGCUGGUAGAGCUGGUCGUACUAGACCAGGUAAAUGUUUCAGAUUAUAUACUGAAGAAGCCUUCCAAAAGGAAUUGAUUGAACAAAGUUAUCCAGAAAUUUUACGUUCCAAUUUGUCUUCUACAGUUUUAGAAUUGAAAAAGCUUGGUGUCGAUGACUUGGUUCAUUUUGACUUCAUGGAUCCACCUGCCCCAGAGACAAUGAUGAGAGCUCUUGAGGAAUUAAAUUAUUUGGCUUGUCUAGAUAAUGAUGGUAAUUUAACCGCAUUGGGGCGUCUUGCCUCUCAAUUCCCACUGGACCCUAUGUUGGCUGUCAUGUUGAUUGGUUCUUUCGAGUUCCAUUGUUCUCAAGAGAUUUUGACCAUUGUUGCUAUGUUAUCUGUGCCGAAUGUAUUUAUCCGUCCACCAAAGGACAAGAAGCGUUCUGAUUCCUUCAAGAAUAUUUUUGCUCAUCCAGACGGUGAUCAUAUCACAUUAUUAAAUGUGUAUCAUGCUUUCAAAUCGGAUGAAGCCUAUGAGUACGGUAUUCAUAAAUGGUGUCGUGAUCAUUUCUUGAAUUAUAGAUCGUUGGCAUCCGCUGAUAAUAUUCGUGCCCAAUUAGAAAGAUUAAUGACUCGUCAUAAUUUGGAAUUGAAUACUACAGAUUAUGAAAGUCCCAAAUAUUUCGAUAAUAUUAGGAAAGCCCUUGCCUCUGGGUUUUUCAUGCAAGUUGCUAAGAAGAGAUCUAGUGGUAAAGGUUACAUCACAGUAAAGGAUAAUCAAGAUGUUCUAUUGCAUCCAAGUACUGUCUUAGGCCACGAUUCUGAAUGGGUUGUCUACAAUGAAUUCGUAUUAACUUCGAAAAACUAUAUCAGAACAGUAACUUCCGUUAGACCUGAAUGGUUGAUAGAAUUAGCUCCAGCUUACUAUGACUUGGAUAACUUCCAAAAGGGUGACGUUAAGAUGUCUCUAGAGAGAAUCCAAGAAAAAGUUAAUAGAGCUAAAGAACUAAACGAUGUCAGAAAGGAUAAGAAACAUAAACACAAAAGCAAACAUUAG